CUGAUCUAUGCCCACGAUACGUGCCGAGUGAUAGAGUGCCUGACGAGUCUUCCAAAAGGCACUAUUCGAUCGUUGUUAUUCGAUGAAUUAUGCCCGGAAAUUGUGCGAAUGAGCAAAUCGAAAUAUGCGAGAUUCUUUGUGACGAAGAUGCUCAAAAAUGGAUCCGCAGCACAGCGGAAUAUAAUAAUCAACGCAUUUCGUGGUCAUUGUGUAUCACUGAUGCGUAUUCAGUGGGCCGCUGAAGUGCUCGAAACAGCUUACAACGACUACGCAAACGCAGAGCAACGUUCGAAUAUUGUCUCUGAAUUCUACGGGAAAGAGUACCUCUUAUUUAAGGUAGUUGGCAUUCGCAUAGGUUAUUGUUUAUUUCAGGACGAAAGUUUGAAAGUGGUGACUUUGAAGGAUAUACUGGAAAAAGAUCCAGCUAAGAAAGCAGUUAUAAUUAAGAAUUUGGAAGAGCUCUUGAAAGAUAUUGUGCCGAAGUAA